GAAAACUUCUAGAUAUGUGAGAGAGUGGCUGGCAGUUGUAGGAGUGAACGACAUCAUCACUGUCACUGAAGAUGAGAAAUUCUACAUCAAGAAGGAAAACGUACCGGACCUGACCAACGAGACGUUCAGCAUUCAAGUCAAUUGCUUUUUGCCGAUUUUCAUGAAAGCGUACGAUAAGAUGGCAAACGUGUUCACUAAGGAGGGGCCUCUAGGGCUUGCAUAUUCUGACUUCGCUGACUUCUAUGAUGCUAUGGCAACAUUGAGUGAAGUGUUGCACAAAAAACAUCUUAUUUCUGGUUUUAUUCCAGCUCUUGGAUCAGGACUUAAGGAGAGACUCGAGAAAGGUGGCGUCCAGUGUUUGGAUGUUGGAUGCGGCAAGGGUUUCCACUCUGGUUUAAUGGGUCAGUCAGCACACAAAAUCACCACAUUUGAAAUCGAGCAAAAAAUUGUUUCAGCCUCUCAUUAUCCAAAAUCUCACUUUACCGGAAUUGAUAUCACACAUGAAGCAGUGGAAAUGGCCAAGCAGCAGAACUCUAAACACGAUGAUUUCAGGAAGAGCGACGGUCAGGCUUUCGACAACUUAGAAUUCAUCCAAAUGAAUGCUGCCAAAAUGGAUGCCAGCUGGACGAACAAGUUCGAUGUGGUCAUGAUUUUCGAUGCUUGUCAUGACCAGACCAGGCCUGAUCUGGUAAUUUUUUCGAGGCUGUUUUUGAGAUGAAA